AUGAAUGAGGAAGAUAUCGAGGUGUCACACCCGCGGAUACCGAAACCACCACCAGAAGGCAAGGUCUUGAAAACAAACAAACAUCACGCUGAUGACGAAGGAGAAUCUGAAACUGCAAGAAACACGAGGCUCAACGCUGCUCUCUAUCACACCUCCGAUGAGUCUGUCCUACUGUAUCGACAACAAAAUGAUUCGUCGGAUUUACUAGGCAGACUUUACUACGACGAUUAUGAUUCCCAUAGUAACUUGAUAUCACCCGAACUUUUAUCACCAACAAACUCACUUCCGCAUACGCCGUUGUUGUCACCAGCGCCUAACAAUAGCAAUGCUGCUGAAGACAAUGAGUUCAAUUUUGGCACUUCGCCAACCCCCAAAAGUGCAAUCUUGAACUCCCAGUUGUCUUCGUCCUCAACCUCUCUUUCAUCGUUGCCGAAAUCGGCACAGACCAAACUGACUAAACCAAGCUUAUCAAGAGGUGUGUCAUUCGACACUGGUGACGAAGGUCCCAAAAAAUCAUACACAUUGAAGAGAAAGUAUCCGGACUACAAAUUUCGACGCAACAACAAGACAUGGCUUGUGGGAUUCAAUAAUGAUGUCGAGAGUACAAAAGCCAUUGAGUGGUUAUUUGACGAAAUGGUAAUUCAUGGCGACACAAUUGUCAUUUUACAAGUUUUGGAUGAAAAAAAGCACGUUUCCAUUGAUAAAAUAAAAGCCAAUGCCAAUGUAGCCCAUUUUGAAAAACUCAAUGUCCAUUACAAAAAAGUUGCGUUGUUGUUUGAAGUUGUUAUUGGCAAGCCUCAGAAAGCAUUGAAAUUGGCCAUUGCCGAGUAUGCCCCUUCAAUGAUGGUUAUUGGAACACACCAUUACACUGAGCGCGAAAGCAAGCAUAGUCAUCGAGGGUUUUUGAGCAAGUCGUCAUUGUCGAAACAUUUUCUCGAAUGUGCUUUGGUUCCAGUUAUAAUUGUGAAGCCAACUUACAAUUACGUUGAAGUUUUGGCAAACCCAAUCGACUCAGACCAGUAUUUUGUCAAUUGGAUCAAGCGUGCAGCCGAAGGACAGACAGAAGGGGCAACGGCAACGGCAACGGCAGCAGGAGCAGCAGCAGCACUGGGCCAUAAUGAUGAUCAACAACAUUCCUCAUUGCAUCGAAAAGUCAAUUCAUUCCUCAGUCCAACAAGCUCAAGAAACUCUUCAUAUACCAAUUUGGUCAAUGAAGAGCGAGGACGAAGCAACCAUUCUCACUUGCUGAACCCGGUACAAAGAUUGGCUAACGAGAGCAGAUCUAGGUCUACUUCAAGAACGCGAUCAGCUUUUUCCAAAUUUUUCCGUAAAAGUGAAGAUUAG